AUGUGUCUUGCAGUGGAGAAACCUCGGUGGUAUAGUCUCUUUUCGAGAAUGAAGUGUUUCUUGUUCUCUGGCGGUGACAAGAAAGACGAACAGAAGACCCCUACUUCGGUCUCCUUGACCUCCAACUUCUCUGACCGCGACAUAAACCGGAGCGGGUCAGACUUUAACUCUCGGGAUGCCUCUGGAACGAGCACUGAAUCAUCCGUGGGGAGGAAGAACUCGUACCCUACAAUGUUUACUAGAGCAAGUAAUCUCAGAGAGUUCAGCAUUACCGAUCUCAAGUCUGCAACAAAGAACUUUAGCCGAUCGGUUAUGAUCGGAGAAGGCGGUUUCGGUUGUGUCUACAGGGGAACAGUGAGGAGCUUAGUAGAUCCGACAAUCAAAAUCGAAGUCGCGGUCAAGCAGCUCGGUAAAAGAGGGUUGCAGGCAAGUCUUUUUUCCCCCCGAUUCUUGCUUGUUCUCAAGAUUUGUAAGCUAUCUUCAUGGCUAACUUUUCGAUUAUCUCAUUUGCAGGGGCAUAAAGAAUGGGUCACGGAAGUGAACUUUCUCGGCGUGGUCGAACAUUCAAACCUGGUGAAACUGCUUGGUUAUUGCGCAGAAGAUGAUGAACGUGGGAUCCAACGGCUUCUGGUUUAUGAAUACAUGCCCAACCGAAGCGUUGAGUUCCACUUAUCUCCACGGUCACUCACAGUCCUAACUUGGGAUCUCAGAUUGAGAAUCGCUCAAGAUGCAGCUCGUGGUUUAACAUACCUUCACGAACAAAUGGAGUUUCAGAUAAUAUUCCGCGACUUUAAGUCCUCCAACAUUCUUUUGGAUGAAGACUGGAAAGCAAAGCUCUCGGACUUCGGUUUGGCUCGUUUAGGUCCAUCUGAAGGACUAACCCAUGUUUCUACUGAUGUCGUAGGUACAAUGGGUUAUGCAGCUCCUGAGUACAUUCAAACCGGUCGUCUCACAUCCAAAAGCGAUGUGUGGGGUUAUGGAGUGUUCAUAUAUGAGCUCAUCACAGGGAGACGGCCUGUAGACAGAAACAAACCAAAGGGAGAGCAGAAGCUUUUAGAAUGGGUGAGACCUUAUCUAUCCGACACAAGGAAGUUCAAGCUCAUAAUAGACCCGAGGCUCGAAGGGAAGUACCCUAUCAAGUCGGUCCAGAAGCUAGCAGUUGUGGCCAAUAGAUGUUUGGUUAGGAACUCAAAGGCACGUCCUAAAAUGAGUGAAGUGUUAGAGAUGGUGACCAAGAUUGUUGAAGCGCCUUCAGGGAGCGGUAUUAGCCCACAGCUAGUUCCGCUGAAGAGUCUAGAGACUUCUAGAGACUCGGGAGGGAAACAAAAGAGGGUUUUAGAGACGAGGAACAAUGGUGGUGAUGGCGGCGAAGGAGGUUGGUUUGGCAAGUUAUGGAACCCAAGGACAAUAAGAGCUUGUUGAUUGCUUAAAGAUGUAGCCUCGUCUCACAAAAAGAAAAGACUCAAGAAAUGUCUCAUGGAGACUAAAAAGCUUGAAGAUUUGGGUGAGAUCAAGAUCAAGCUCAUAUGCAUAGAUAUACAUAUUUAUAAAUGAAGAUUGUGAAAGAUGCUAAAUGAUAAGAUAAGUUUGGUGUUUGCAUGAUUGUAACCGUAGCUGAAUAAUGUAUAGCUUAUCAGAGUUUUGUAUUAAAGAUGAUCAGUCUUCAGCACAAAAAUAUGCGUGCUUGCGUGUAUAUUUGUGGUUGUGUUAAAGUACCCAUCAAUUACCAUAAGUAUAUCUUAACACAAACAUAAAUAAAAAAGAAACAAUUAUGGUUU